UCACAAUUUAUCAUUCUUGUAAUCUAUCUGAUUUUACUUACCCUAACACUCGUAAAAUGGCGAGGAAAAGACGGGCUAGUGAGGGACUUGGUGAAAAAACCCGCGGUGACUAUCAAGGGAAUGCAGCUUGGGACGAAAUGGUGAAGGAAACUGCUGUUGCAACUGCGCUCGGGGGAGCGAGGCGAGCACGAAAAAGAUUCGUGGGUGUUAGACAAAGGCCAUCAGGAAGAUGGGUUGCUGAAAUUAAAGACACAAUACAAAAAAUAAGGGUAUGGUUAGGUACCUUUGACACAGCUGAAGAAGCAGCAAGGGCAUAUGAUGAAGCUGCUUGUUUGCUUCGUGGAGCCAAUACUCGCACUAACUUUUGGCCUUGUUCUUCAUCUUCUUCUUCUACUCCAGCUCUUCCUUCGAAGAUUACUAAUCUUCUUAUUAAUAGGCUAAAAGCUAGAAACAAUUCCUUAGCUGCUGUUGCUGGUGGUGGUGGUGGCGGUUCUUCUUCUUAUGAUUCUUCUGAGCCCGUAGAAAAUCAUGAUCAGGACAAACAGGCAGAAGAAUUCAGAGAAGAAACAGCUUAUUUUUCGGAUUCGCAGUAUAUGGAGUAUCUCAGAGACCCUGAAGAUCUGAUUACUGAUAACUUAUGUUGCUCGGACUCUCUAAAAAUUUUGUCGCACUCGUCUCGGAUCCUCCCAACAGGGGCUACUUUUGAAGGAUCCGACAAGCACAUGUCAGUAUUUUUGAGGAGUCCGAGCAGCAUAGUUGAUAACAGCAUGAUCAGUCAUAUGAGUGAAAUUACCAUGAGCACAAAUACCUCGGAAGCAUGCUUGGCUGAAAACGAUUAUAGUGUGAUUCAGCCUGUGAAAAGCGAUGAAAACUCGAGUGGUGGAGAGAUUAAUAAUAUUGUUGAAGAAGAUGGAGAAGAAGAGAUUGAAGAGGAAAAUAAUACUGAUAUAGGAGAUGUAGAAGUAGAGCCAAUUGACUUCCAAUUUGUUGAUGAAAUUGGAUCAUCAUUUUACUAUUCUCCAUUUGAGAUUAAUUCAUCAGAGACAACGGAAGAGGGGAUGGUUUAUGGAGGCGAAUCGUCGAUGCUAACUGAAGCAAUGCGGAGGAUGAAUUACGAGAGGAAAUUUUCAGCAUCACUAUAUGCUUUUAACGGGAUUACAGAAUGCUUAAAGUUGAAGCUGAAAUCAGGAGGAGUUAUGCAGAGAGAAAGAUCUGAACAAUUAAGUAGACUGAGGAAUGCAUGCAAAAGGAAUCACGAGGAGGGGGAGAAGAAAAUUCAUGAAGAAGGAAUUAGCACAGAAACAGGUGAAAAGAAAGAUACUGAAUACAGUUCACAAAGUUCAUCUUCUUCAACGAUUUCACAAAGUUCACAAGAAACUACUUACGAUAGUGAAUUGUCCCUUUGGAGCUCAAUUGAUCUACCUCCAAUUUGCGCCUUUUUUACUUAGAAAAACCAUAGGUUUUUUUCCUGUUAUUUCAAUUGUUGUCCGAUCACGUAACUUUUGUUUUCACAGGGUGAAGAUGAAGAAAACUCUGUGUUCUCUAAUCUUUUUCAAGAUCAGUAGAUCUUGGUUUCGGCAAAACGAUGCAAUCUAAAUUAGAAUAUGGAUGUUCAACUUAGAAAUAUGAGUUUGGGCUGUGGAAUGUACUACUUGUUGUCCAACUUUUGAUCUCUUCAAAUUUGAAUUAUGGUUUUGAAU